GAACCUAUAGGCAGCCUGAGUGCCUCUAAGGCCCAUUUUGAACGAGGGUAUCUUCUUCACGCACGGAACUCGUUGAGAGAGAGAGAGAGACGGUGAUCGGGAAAUGACGACGAAAGAGGCGGGUGCGUCGUACCCUAGCGCGGCUCGGAUAUCUGAUUCUCCAUGUUAUCUUCAGUACUCUGCGUCUCUCAAAUGUCUUGAAGAAUUUGGAUCCGACAAGAGUAAAUGCCAGGAUCAUUUUGAUGUGUAUAAAGAAUGCAAGAAGAAAGAGGUUGUUGUAAAUUCACAUUAUGCCUUAUUCUGUUUCCGAAUUCUCUGCUUACCUAUGUUUUGUUUCUCAGAGGGAAGCUCGAUUGGAACGCAAUAAGACACGUUCGUUGUUCUCUUGAAUGUUGAUCCUGAUGGAAAUGCCAAUGAUGUCUUCGAACAUCAUCAUCAUCAUCAUCUAGUCGUAGCAUCCUGUUAUUUCAUUUUGCAAUAAUACCUCUGAGAAGUGGUAGUUUUUGUUUCACUUGUUGUUCGUAAAUUGUAUGGUCUAAAUAAAUCAGUCUCACAUUGGAGAUGGAAAGUGUUUGUUAAUAUAUAUUAAUGUUCUUUUACUCCCCA